GCUCUCUUCAGUUGAUCCUUAUAUAAUGAGCGGUGGCUUUUUUGAUGGUCGACUAAAGCUUUGUAAAGCUACGGUAUUGUUCCACGGUGACUUACAGUUUCAAGAGCAACUGUCUUACAUAGACAAGCGUUACGAUCAUCUUCGGAAGCUUACGCAAACACUUAAGAGGAAGAUAAAUGAUUUAGAGGACAUUAUGCGACAACACAAUGACGACGAAAAUAUGAAGCAAAUCCAACAACUUAUCGAAGACAUAAGAAGGGAAAAGCAGAUGAUGCGCGAUGAGGCUCACAUUAUUCGAGGAGAACUUUCUCAAGCUAUCUACAAUGCGGACUUGAGAUCGCAUCUACUGAACUUCGUUGAAGAGUUUGAAGAAGUAUGGCACGACAGCCCAAAAAAGCGUUUAACCGGACAGCUUUGUCGCGAUGACGAGGAAAAUGAUCAACGGCAAAGUACAAGCCAAGGAGGAGAUGACAUCUACACCCCUUCAUCGAGCGACGAUCAGGAAUUUUGAGAAACGAGCUUUUGAUGCUCUGCAUUUAAUAAUUUUGUUCUUACGAGUUAUGUACAUAAACCGAGGUCAUAUUCGCUCAAUACCUCUU